CCACAAUAUAUAUAAUAAUGGUUUGUAUUAUUUUGGGUUAUCUAUUAAAUGCGCUUACCUUAAUUUCAUGCAAGAUAGUGUGGCGAGCGCGUCGUAUGUGGGCCGAUACUGCAACACCUAAGCCGGCAGCCGCUGCUCCUGAUCUGCACAGCAAAAUUGUGGACGUACGUUGUGAGGGUAUGGUAGUAAAGAUAAUACCCGCACGCAAGAACAACUACAUGUAUUUGAUAACCGACUUGCCUACCGGCUGUACAGCUGCCAUCGAUCUGUCCGAUAACAAAAUUCUGUUUGAUGUACUCAAACAGGAGAAAAUGAAACUUUCCUACGCUUUUAUUACCCAUCAUCACGAGGAUCAUUCUGGGGGCACAACAGAAUUGGCCACCGCGUGCCCGGAAGUGAAAAUCUGUGCCGGUGAUGAGCGUAUUAAGGCCGUAAAUCAUUGCAUUAAGCGUGAUGAGAAAAUAAAGCUGGGCCAGAUGACAAUUCACUGCUUGCAUACACCUUGCCACACAGUCGGACAUUAUUGCUAUUUUGUGGAGUGCGGUGCGGGUGGUCCGCCCGCACUCUUCACUGGUGACACACUCUUUCAAGGUGGCUGCGGUGGCUUUGAUGAGGGCACGCCGGAACAAAUGUAUGCCAUUGUAAAACGUUUCUGUGCACUUCCCAAAGAGUCGCGUGUAUUUGGCGGUCAUGAGAAUACAAUUUUGAAUUUGCGCUUUGCCGAAACUGUGGAACCCGAAAAUUCAAAUAUUCACUCACGUUUAGUUUGGGCGCAGAAACAACGCGAAAAUAAAUUGCCUACUCCGCCAUCGCUGCUGUGCGAGGAGAGACUCUGGAAUCCAUUUAUGCGUGUCGACCAUCCGGAUGUGCAGCAAUACACCGGCGAUACAGAUCCGAUUUACACCAUGUUUUGUUUGCGCAAACAACGGGACACGUUCAAGUAGCGGGCGAAUCAAAUGAAAUAGGAAUGAUAAACAUUUUCGUCUAAUAAACAGAUUAUAAUGUUUUGGCUUUUUCUAACAACAUUGAGCGAUAGACAUUGCACAAAAUUGUACUUAUUCGUUGUACUUUUUGC